GUGGAACGUUAUAUCAGAAGACAGAGCUGAACUAUACUGAACUACAGAUAAUCUUCCAAGCCCAGGUUCAUUUCUAUCUCUGAAACUGAAAUGUCGACUGUCGAAGCUAUGAGUUCUUCAUCAUAUGCCAUCCAGCUUCCACCACGGACACCAACAGCACCGCCUGUGACUGGUACCAGUUCUUCUGUGCCUGUUCACAUGCAGCACGUAGCAAGAGUUUUGUCUCCUCACGGAGUUCAGGCCUUUCUGAAAGGCCAUCCAAAAGCUCUUGGGACUGUCCAGAUAAUGAUCGGUCUGUUGUCUCUCCUGUUGGGAAUUGCGUCUACAGUGUAUGCAGACUCUGCUUUUGUCUUUACUGGCGUUCCUUUCUGGGCGUCUGCCAUAUACAUUAUUGCAGGGUCGCUCGCCGUUGCUGCGGAAAACCAAAUUAAUUCACCAGCCGCUUUAUGUUUGAUGAACGGUUCACUUGGAAUGAAUGUUUUCAGUGCUAUAGCUGCAGGCAUCGCCAUUAUUUUUCUUUCACUUGAUUUGGUUAAUGGACCAAACUGCCGAUACUGCACCUGGCAUUAUGAUAGUUCUACAGAUAACAUUGAGAGACAAUAUAGGGCUCUCUUCGCAGGAAUCAGUGUUGUGUUGCUGCUGUUUGCCAUCCUUGAGCUAGUCAUCUCCAUCUGCCUGUCUGGUUUUGCCUGUAAUGCAGACAGCUGCUGUAAUACUCAGGCGCCAACUGUUUCACAAGCUGUGUAUCCACAGAUCACUUACACCUCGGAGGUUCCUGUGGCCAGCAACCCUUUAAUUCAACACCCUCCUGCAGGAGCUCCUCUACAGUACUCUCAAUACAAAUAAAGAGUGGCCAGAUCUGCGAUCUUAAUGAUUUGUAUUCAUUAUUCAGAUAUAAACAGAUUUGACAACACUUUACAAUAACAGUACAUGAAUAAUGAUGUUCAUCUGAUUUAUUUACA